AUGGUAAUUAAAAACAAGACCGCCCCAACCGCUGUGAGUCCAAUCGGAACAAAGAAGGUUGGUCAUGCGCGGUGCACGUUCGCAGUCGACGACGACUCGCGCGAGAACGAACGAGUCAGCCCGGAGAGGCCGCGCAGGCAGCUCGUGUCGCCGCCCGCGACCUGCCGCCGCGCGCACCCAGCACCCUCGCCACUCAAAAAGGGCGGACGCGCGCCGGUCGAACCGCCGCAGGAGCGGGUCACCGACGUGAUAGUGGUGCGGCCCACAACGGCCCCCACGUCCUCGUCCAAACAAAGACGAUUGGCACAAGCACUAGCCCCGGAGCCUACCGACGUGAUCGACCUGGGCGCGCCGCGGCUGUUGCGAACAGUCCCGCCGAACGGGGGCCCGCGCGCCGUGCGUCCGAACCUGUACCGCGCCUCGUACAUACCCAACCCCCGACUGUACCCCGGCCCCGUGCACGCCAAGCCGAAAGCUCAACAGAGGCAGGUGGACAGCCGCGGCGGCGGAGAGGGACGCGGGCGGCGGCGCAAGCGCGUGUUCCGGCGCACGGUGCCCAACCCGCGCCUGUAUCAGCCGGUUCCGCCCGCGGUCCGGCGCGUGCCUCCUCCCGCUUUUCCAAACGCCACGUGGUCGCCGCCCGUGCCGUCUGUCCGCCUCGAUACUGCGUCGGACGCCGCGUUCCGCCUCAACGAGCAGCGCCGCGGUCGGGCAGGCCCGCCGCCAAGUCGCGCUCCCUCGGCCAAUCCCGCACCACCCCUCGUAGUAACGUUGCCGCCGGUGGCCACCGCCGCAACCCAUCGAUACGUACCAGCAAGCGCCCACUUCCGGCUGCGCUCGCUGGACACGGACGUCUCCGGAGACUCGACGCCGGUAGGCGGGCGAGUGGACCCGUUGGCCUUCGUUCCCAUAAUGGACGCAGGAAACAGGAAGUCCACCAGUCCGGAGGACUGCUCCGACGGAAACGACACAUUAUCCGCGCCCAGCGAGUUUCUGGCGGAGUUCCUGUCCUCUAUAAUGCGACGCCAGUAUGCAGAGGCACUCAAGUACUGCCGUCUCAUCUUGCAGUACGAGCCCCACAACGCUACGGCACGCGGUUUCUACCCACUAUUGCAGCAGAAGGUACAAGCACAAAAACGACCAGACGCGGAGUGCCCACGCGGUAGCUCCAGCGAGGAGACCAGCGCUCCCGCUGCAGAUCUGCCAAAUAUCACACCAACUCAAAAAAAGCACGAGAUGAUGGAGCAGGGCGGCGAUUCAUCGGAGGAGUCAGAGGGCUCCGAGGGUGAGGGAGGCGCCGCGUCCCGCUCGUUCUCGCGCUCGGGCGACUCGUGUCGCUCGCAGUCGUCGCUGGAGCUCGACUCGUCGGAGGCGCUGGGCCACUCCUCGCCUUCACUGUCGCUGUCGCGCCGCACCGAGCAGACGGACAGUGCGUCCGCCGGCGUGUGGGACAGCACCGGCAGCGCCUCGCGCUCCGACACGGAUGACAACGGGAACGCCACGUGCGGCACCGUGCCCGUCGCCGCCACCGCCUCACAGCUGUGCGCCGGGGACCUGCACAACGACAACGCGCCCGCCGCCGCCGAGCCCCACAAAGCCGAGCUGUCGGCGCUGCAGCGCCUGCGCGCUCAGUUCACGUGCUCCAUCAAGUGA